AUGGGUUCUCAACAAAUCCUUAAAAUAUCCCCAUUUGCUUCUUCAAGAAUCGCAGUUUUCAAUUCCAUCCCUCGAAGAUUCUCUUCCAGCAAACCCGCAAUUGACCUUCUCUUCAAGCCCCAUCUUCAACCAUUGUCCGUUCAACCGACAGCGAAUAGCAUUUCCUUGAGCAGCUUUGGUGGGUCGAUUCAUAUCAGCAAGAAGGGAAUCAAAAGCGGGGUCGUGGCCAUGGCCGCUUCGGGUUCAGCUCAGAAGUCAGAGGAGGAGUGGCGUGCGAUUCUCUCUCCUGAACAGUUCCGAAUUCUCAGACAGAAAGGCACAGAAUAUCCUGGCACAGGGGAAUAUGACAAGUUCUAUGGCGAGGGUGUUUACAACUGCGCCGGAUGUGGAACUCCACUGUACAGGUCCUAUACAAAAUUCAACUCGGGCUGUGGUUGGCCAGCUUUCUAUGAGGGGAUUCCUGGUGCCAUAAAUCGCACCCCUGACCCAGAUGGAAGGAGGACGGAAAUUACAUGUGCCGCUUGUGGUGGGCAUCUUGGACAUGUUUUCAAGGGUGAAAAGUUUCCAACACCUACGGAUGAGCGACAUUGUGUCAACAGCAUCUCACUGAAAUUCACUCCUGCAAAUUAA